AUGCUGAAUGAUGUUCGGAGCCCUUUAGCUAUGAAAUAUUAUAAUAUGACAAUCCUUGGUAAAAAACGUUUGGUUCAAGUGCUGGAAAAUCCCGUUCCGAGGCAGUUUAACGUCAUAACGGCAGACACAGCCGAUUUAGCCUUGGUUGGCAAGCCUUAUUCUGCUGAAACAUGGUUUCCCAAGCAUGAAUGGACAGCUUGCGUUUGUCCCCAAUGUCAUUUUCAUAUGGGAUGGUAUUUUCAGUCUGGUAAUAUACAGUCGAAAAGUACAAAAUCAUUUGUUGGGCUUAUUUUAGACUAUUUAAUUAGUGCUGACUGUGAGUUUUUGCUGCCUUGGCUUAUAUUUUGA